AGAGGAGAACGAUGGAUGAAAUUCAACGCGAAAUCGAUCGUUUCUAUAGUAUAGUAUAGUAUCGUGAUUAUAAAGUUAGCGUGCAUUUGCAACAAAGGCGUAAUAUACUUUCCUAUCGCGUUCCUUCGUCGCGAAUCCCCAUUCUCCUCGAAUCUCUACAAGAAUAUAAACGAGAAAAAUUCCAGAAAGUAACAUAAUUGAUCUGCGAUUAAAUCGAAUGACGCAAAAUUAGAGAGAGAGAGAGAGAGAGGGAGACGACGACGACGACAACAACGUUGAUGUUACUGGCAAAAGAAAACGAAGGAAAAACUCGACUCUAUUUUUACGCUUUUUCUAUGUAAUUGUCAAACAUGUGGAUCGAACGAACGGGGUGACAAAAAAAGAACACAGAUCGCUUUGUGCUCGGGAGGAGAGAGAGAGAGAGAGAGAGGGGGGAAGACCGUUGUUUAAGUUCCAAGAUAAAAAAGAUGAAUAGUAUGAGAAUUGCUAGUGACAUCCCGUGGUAACCAAAAGGAUCUUUCUACGAACGAUCGUUGAGACGCAUCAUUCGUACUUAUACACAUAGAUAAUACAUAAAUAUGAUAGGGGAAGUUGUAUAAUGCGUUAAAAAACAUACACGUCGUCGUCGCCGUCGUCGUCGUCGUCGUCGUCGUCGUCGUCGUCGUCGCCGUCGCCGUCGUCGUCGUCAUCGUCGACGAAACAUGUCGCUUGAAAAAACGAUAUAGAUAUAAUCGUAUUCCGACGAUCUUAGGAAAAGCAAAUUCGUCAUCGUUUCGCGAGCGCAAAACACGAAGUCACCCCAAUGCCUUUCAUUGCUCGCCGCAUCGUCGUGCGUCGUCGCGUCGUCUUUUAAUAGUUCUCCCUGUGACCGGUUUUCCCGUCGUUUUACCGUCGAGACACUCAUUUUACCUCGAAGACGCGCCCUCGUUCGACCUUGAAAUUCUUCUAUAUCGGCACGUAAGCGUUCGAUGUUCGAAACAUCCUCGAUCCUCAGGAUAUCCUCUUCCUUUUGUGCACUAUUACGAGCAGUCGUUCUUUUCCCCCUCUUCAAUUCGAAGUAUUCUUAACGAGAAGCAGCUCCGUGAAAUGGCGAAAAAGACGUACGACCUGUUGUUCAAGUUACUCCUCAUCGGUGAUUCCGGAGUCGGCAAGACUUGUAUACUCUUCAGAUUUUCCGAUGACGCUUUCUCUACGACCUUCAUAUCUACCAUAGGUAUUGAUUUCAAAAUCAAGACCGUCGAGUUGAAAGGGAAAAAGAUCAAAUUACAGAUAUGGGAUACCGCUGGCCAAGAAAGAUUUCAUACUAUCACGACGUCCUAUUACAGAGGUGCCAUGGGUAUAAUGCUUGUUUAUGACAUAACAAAUGAAAAAACAUUUGAGAAUAUAGUUAAAUGGUUAAGAAAUAUCGAUGAGAUAGCAAGAGAGCAUGGUAUUAGAUUUAUGGAAACAUCGGCGAAAGCUAACAUUAAUAUUGAUCGGGCAUUCAGUGAAUUAGCAGAAGCAAUUUUGGAAAAAAUUCAGGGAAAAGAACCGCAGGAUGCUCCGGAUAGAGUAACUGUCGAUAGAAGGGUGGAGAGAAGUUCCAAUCGGUGCUGCUAAUUUUAUAUUAUUUAUUUAAUGGCGCAUAAUAAACUAUCUAUAUCUAUCUAUCUCUAUACACAUAUAUACAUACAUAUAUAUAUAUAUAUGUAUAUAUAUGUAUAUAUAUGUAUAUAUAUAUAUGUAUGUGUAUACACACACACACACACACACACACACAAAUAUAUAUAUAUAUAAACGCGUGCCACUUGAAAUAGAUUUGUGGAUAGAUAUAGAACAUAAUUUAAAAUAUAAUAGCAUAAUUAAACUCUUUGUGACACUGCCUGAUCAAAACUGAUUCAGUUAAUUGGAUGUCAAUUGUGGUAAUAACAUUGAGUACAAUUUAAUGAAAGGUUGUCUACAAAUUAUCCAACUUUAUUUUUCAAUGUAAAAUUCUUUCAUUAUAAUCCACAGGCUUCGGAGAAUGAACUGUAAAGGCUAUUUUAUGCAUACAUAAAUAUAUUUGUAAGUGUGUCUAAUGCACGUAUACAGACUGAACCACCGUUGAUGAAGAAAGCUAAUAUAAAAUAUCUAUAAAUAUUAGCUUUAUCGAUAAGGCUUCAUUUUUUCAUACGAAAAUAUGCAUUAGUGGUCGAACAAAGUUAUAUCAUAUCGUUUGUUACAAAGCAAAAAUUUGUUACCAUAAGAAGCAUGAGAAUGAAUGCUAACAUUUUAAACAUUUUUAUCUCUAUUAUCUAUCUAAACAUUAAUGCUUUUUCAUAUGAAUGUUGCACAUCAUAUGGCUUCUUUACAAUUAAGUUCCAAUUGGAUCCUUUUUAAGUUUAAAUUAAACCAAAAGCUUUUAUCCUAUUUGUGUAAGAACAAUUUACUAUAAAUAUAAAUAUUCAAGAUUUCGAAA